AGCGCGAACUGUUCUCAUGUGACGAUCUGUUUAAUUGAAAGUUAUUCAUUACUGAACAUAAUAUGAUGCCUUAAUUACAACGGGUUAGCGUUUGGAAGAACACGAUCAAAAUGUAAAGAAAGUUCGAAACAAGGAAGCUGGAAGUGGUGUUCGAAUAUUUCCAGUCAUUCUUAUUGAGUAAUUUCAACCCAAAUAAUCGAGGUUGUGAUGUUUGCGUUGGAACGAGUUUGGCUGACAUUAUUUACGUUUGUAAGAAAGGAGUGCGUUUCUGUAUGAGUUAGCCACAACUCUUAUGCUGCAGUUUGACGCCGUUCAAACUGUUAAGCAGAGAGCAAUUUGUGGCUAAUGCUACCAGUGCCAUUGUUUUCAAUAAAUGGACUAAGGUUUUCUCCCAUUGCUUUACGUACUUCUGAGUGAAAAAUUCAUCUCAACGACAACCGAUAAAGUUGUGUGAAGGCCUCAAAUUCUCUGUGUGUUCCAUUUGUGCACCACUCAGCGAUGUGUCAAACGUGUCGUCGAUCUUCGGCGGAGGAGCCGUUGCCUGCGCCACCCCUGAAAGGACCCAGCGCGCGUCUUGCAGCUCGGCUCCUGAGGACUCCUCCAUCCUCUGCUGCUCGGCCCUCAUCCUUCGCAAGCAAGGACGAGACAAAAAACGAAUCCGGGGGCGAUCCUAUCGCUGCUUCUGGAGAUCCGCACCCGCCGUCUCCUCUCACUGACUUUGGUGACGCCAAAGUGACAUUUGAGAGUGAAAGUCGGGAUUCGUUUUCUGUCUUUGAGCCGCGAGAAAUUUUUACUGAGGGAGUGAAAACUAUUGAAUCAAUUCCUUCUUGCAGCGGUGGUCUUUAUCAAAGAGAUAUUUACGGGGUAGUGAAGACUGAAGAAAUUACUGUUCAUCAAUCGACACAUGAGUAUGACAUCAGCGUCACAAAUAAGGUUGAAGUCGCGUUCAACUCUCAGGGUUAUGUUUCAUCGCUCUUUCCACUCACUCCGUCGUCAGCUAGUGCCGCGUAUCAGCCAAAAGCGUCAGUACUCGGCACACGUCAUUUAAAUCCUGCCGCCCCAGCCAAUUAUCGCCAAGAAUUUUUAGCCACAAACUGCUCCCGUCCAGCGAAUAGCGCCCUGCAAGUUUCAGCUCAAAUAUACGCUGUUCAAAGCGUCCAGUUUUCGAAAAACCAAAGAUUAUCGUCCCAAGAACCAAGCUCAUUGCGUUGCUCCAAGAAAUCGUCUUCCUUUGUACAAGAUCACCUUAACUCACCGGUCCAACCGCAAGAAUCUUUCUCCGUCCAGCGGGAACCUUUUUUGUCGCACCAAUCCUCAUCCUCCCUCGAAAAGUCUCAGGACUCGCCCGCCACAAACCGCACAACACCCGCGAGCUGCAGCAGCACAUCAGGGCACCGCACGGAGCGUGUAGAGGGCGGGCCACCCUGCAGGAGGGGCCGGUGUUCGCGUGGCGGAGAGGCUGCGCGUGUGACCGUGGCGGGGCCCGGGUAUCCCGCGCGUGGGGGCUCGAGCUGGCCAGGCUUGGACAAGAGCAGCAGGAAAAGUGGUUGCCCACUGCCCGACCUCGUGAGCCCGACCAGCGCUCAGCACAACAUCGCAAGCCUCUACUUCAGCCAGGACUCUAGCGAGCCUCUGAGCAUCGUCGAUCUCUCGACGAGCAUCAUUAAAGUGGGCGCUCCUAAGCUGGACGUGGCAAAGGACUACGUCUGCCACGUCGACCCUGCAGACCUGCUCAGUAAUCCUGACCUGGGGCCCUUCAGACCAUCGCCUCCCAAGACCCUGCCCUUAGCGCCAUCCAAGACCAAGAAGAACGUCGAGAACGAGCGCUCGAAGGAGUCCUACGCUGCCUAUAAGGACUCAGUAGCUGACGCAUCUCCUUCCAAGGAUCAGAGUCCAGGGCAAGAGGUGCCCAAGGAAGCGUCCUCCAGUCCUACUGAAGUCAGACAACAGAUACGCGAGUGUCUGGACCGAGUGCGCUCUCGCCGCACAGCGUCCUCGUCUGAAGCUCCUGCUGCUACUCCUGCAGGAGUCAACACUCCUACCGCAGACUCGAGUGGAGCGCCGCACUCGGACGACUCGCAGCCGCGCUCAGCUGCCAGCUUCGCGGCGGGGCUGUACCGCCUCGAGCGCCUCCUGCGUCGCGGUGCUGACGCCGCCCCUAGGGAGCCUGCCACCCCUGGCCCCACCUCCCUCACCUCCAGGGACGCUUCCACCAUCACAGACGUACACCAGAGCGAACACCUCGCUGAAGUCGAGAUCAUAUCGCUGGUGCAGGAACAGAUCCCCUCCUACAGACUUCGUGCUGACCCUGCUGCUGCUGCUGCAGGCUGCUCCCGAGACUCGUGGGGAGGCAUAGUGCCGUUCCCCGCACUUGAGGCAGAGGACGGCGCUUCUUCCCCCCUCAGCCCCGAGCAGGCUGAGGCCACCUUGCAGUACUUCGUGUUAUGCGGCAGUCGGGUGAGCCAGAUGACCAAGACCUACAACGAUGUGGACGCCGUCACCAGAUUACUCGAAGAGAAGGAGAAGGACCUGGAGCUGGCGGCCCGCAUUGGGCAGCAGUUGGUGUGCCGUAACCGCGCCCUGGAGGAGCGCCAGGCCCUGCUGGAGCAGGAACUCCAAGCCUCGACUGAGGCCAACACACAACUCCAGCACCAGCUCCACCUCAAAUCCAACCUCCUCUCCAUCUACACCGACGACCCCGACGACAGCAGCAGGGAGACGACGCCGUCAACGGUGCGUCACGUGGGCGUGGAGCUGCUGCAGCAGAAGGUGCGUCGGCUGCAGGAGGACAACCUGCAGCUGCGAGACGAGGCGUCGCGUCUUGCAGGAGCGACCACUGAGUGCGAGGAGCGCGAGGACGACCUCAUGAGGGACGUCAUCAAGCAGCUCGACUCUGCCAACUCUCAAGUGCUGCAGCUCACCGUCGAGCUGCGCCAGAAGAACGAAGAGUCGCUCAAGCAACACGAGGAGGCGACGCUCCUGCUCGCCCAGAUCGUCGAUUUGCAGGCAAAGUUGAAGGAGAGUGGCGAGGAGAACCAGGAGCUGGCGUCGUUGGUGAGCAUCAGUCGUGAGUGUCAGCAGGAACUCAGCGCUGAGAUCGCUGAGCUCAAAGAGCGAUACUCUGAAGUGCUCGACCUCCUUCACGACACUCAGGAGCAGCUCAGGAGGUACUCUAAGAAGAACAUGGGCGUUGGUCCUAGUCGGGGCAGUCACCUGUACCAUCCCUUAGGGGGAGGCUCCCCCUACCUCUCCUCCCUGGGGGGCGAUAGCAUCGCCAGCGAGCUCAGCUCCUUGAAUGUCUCCCUGACGCCACCUCCACCGCAGUCCAUGUUGGGUGCUUCCGGUUACACGUGCCGGGUUCUAGACACAGUCAAGAUGACGGCUCGUCCAUACUCUUCUUCAAGCUCUUCAUCCCUGCACACUCCAUCACACCGAGCCUACACCCCGGGCUACACUUCCUACACGCCCGGCUACAGUACCAGCCUCACCGCCGGCUACACAUCCCACACCCCUGGAAUGCCCAGCUACAACUCCAGCAGAAGCUGCUACACGCCCUCUGCCGGCUCCCUGUACAAGUCCGGGCCGUGGGACAGCGGAGUGUCGAUGACUGCGUCAGGGCAGCCAUCGCUGGACUCGGGCGCUGACUCUGACAUGUGCACCGACACAGAGGAUAACUACCCCCGCGGGAAGAGCGGCGCUGGCAGCGCCAGUCAGGUGGGCGUUCCAGGCUUCCCCGGCACCCCGGAGUUGAAGGCGAUACUGAAACGCAUCCCACCAGCGCAUCCCACCGCCACCACCACAACAACCACCACCUCCUCCGCCGCCGCCGCCCUGCCCUACGGCUGCCGCACCCCUGACUACAUCUUGGCUACAGGCCCUGCAUGGGGCAGCACCGAGCAGGGCAGUCGGGGCAUGGGCGGCACCAAGCUUCAGAUCAUCAAACCCAUGAAGGGAAGCCUGACGCUGCACCACUGGUCUCGUCUCGCUACUCCUGAUCUCAGCGGCCUCAUGCAGCCCCACAGUGAUGGCAUAGCUGUCAAGAGCGCCCUCGGGACGCGGAGUGACUUGGAGUUGUUCUCCUUGUCUGACCUGGAGGAGGACGACGAGACGAUCACUGAGCCUCGCAAGCAGUUCAUGGAGACAUCGGGCGUCUUCACCUUCACCAACAGCACCGUCCUGCAUGUGGACGACGCCACGCACCCCAGCAGCGCUCUACCAGGCCUACAAGUGUCGUGCAGCGUCCCUAACACCUCGACCGCGCUACCUCCCUCCCUGCCAGCUUCCCGACGCGGCAGCACCGCCACGUUCUCCACCAACGUGGGCCUGGCGCGCGUACUGCACGAGCGCGGCGUCGCUGAGGCGCUCACUUGCGCCCCUCACCCCACCGCAACCCCUGCCAACAGCCCAGAGGGCAGCGGCGCUAGCACACCUGUCACCUCACACUUCACCUUACCCAGCCUGACGGAGCUGCGUGCCAGUCUGCUCGAGGGAGCAUCAAUGAUCCGACGCACCCUCUACCCUUCACCGCCCAGAUCUCCGGUGCUGCCGGGUGGUGGUUCCCUCCUGCACAAGGUGUCUGAGAUAGCAUUUGUUGCUACUCCUGUUGGGUCUCAACAAAUCGGUGGGGUGAUCGCGCCAAGACCCGUACCUCCGUCACCACUACUUCAUCUCUCCAACUUGAUACGAGCCGGUCACCCUCCACUCGGGCCGUCACUACCCUCGCCUGACUCGUUAUCUCCAGGCGCCUACCGUCCUCCUAUGCCCAGCAACGCUCCUCUGGGCGUGCCUGUGCCGCCUGGGCACUCGGACAUUACCCAGCUACCUAAACCUGGAGCACCCAGACGCGACCUGGGCACUGUGCCCAGAAGAACAGCCGUACCCCUAGCAGCGUCUUCAGAAGCUAUGGGGCAGUUAGGAGUUAUGAAAGUGGGACGUAAGGGUGGUCUCCUAUGAGCCUCCUCUGCCCAAAUUUAUUAGUUAUUCUAUUAGAAGCCUUGCGAGUAACGUCGCUUCUUACGCAACCCGGCAGUUUUUGUUGCCCUAGUCUUGGCCGACUUUUGUGAACAACUGAUGAACUAAUUUUCCAUUAUUCCUUGAUGACGUUGUAGGUACUUUAUCUUCGCGUAAUUUCUGCAUGACUUUUUUUACGAUCAAAUGGUCACACUUUAGCAUUGUUUACAUCUUGGUUUGCAUAAUUUGUAAAACUUGGUUUAAAGUUAGCCCAUAUUUUUCCAAUAUUUUCUAUUAUUUUUUUGUCUUGAAUCCAUGAAUUUCCUGGUUCGCCCUACUAGAAAUCAAACCCCACCCUCUUGCAUUGAGCAAUGUUUGGUCAGGAAUCAUCUACCAACGCAUCUAGUUAAUUGAGUGCACCCCCGAUGCCGUCGUCGCAUAAGACGACACUGCAGGUGUUGUUCAUGCCGACGCGAUCUAAUUAAUUUCACUUCAAUUUCUUAGUAUUAAAUUGCCGUAUUUAAUUGAUGCAUUUUUAUAUUCGGUUGAUUUUAGACUUUUUAAAUUUCCGGACAAAUUUUUCGCUUUAAGUUAAAAGGUCUUUAAUUUUCAUUUGUCUUCCUUCAUUUAAACUUCGUUACAUUCAACUUGAGCGCUCAACAUCUGCGCACAAUUUUUCACAUCUUGAGUGGUGAUCGAAGUCAAUUGUUUGAUUUGAGAGGUCAUUGCCUAAACGUGAUUGUGAGGUUGUAAGUUCGCAUUUGUACUCAUGAGAAAGCGAUAAAUACUUCAUCAUUGUCUCUGUUUUUCGGCAAAUGAGUUGUCAUGACCUCGAGCAUGUGUAAAUCGACUUAUUAUACGGUAAUCAUAGCUCAUUUACAUAUUGUACAUAGUUGAUCUCGCGGUGCCACAAAAUCUUUUCUAAUACAUUUUUUUACGUGUAUCAUCCAAAACAUUUUUGUGUUUUGUCUUCGAUUUCGUACAUACGAUUUAUAAUUGGCCGUAUUUUUGGCUCAAUGUUAUUUUACUUUCCUUUAUUGCAGAUAUUUCCUCAUUUUAUUUACGGGACGGGUGCUUUUUUCCACUAGUACAAAACUCGACCAAGCUGCAUUUUUCUACGUUGCUAUCCGUCUCAUAAAUGUGCAUGCUGCUCGAAGAUACCUUUGCUUUUCUUCUUUUCGUUUUAAAUUAGUUUGCAAAUCUCUUCGUCUAACCUUAUUUUGUGUUUCAUGCCAUUGUCACAUUAUCAAUAUAUUCGUUGUCUAACGCAUCCCCUUGCUUGUGGGUGAUGGUUAAUUUCAGAAAUUUUUAAAAAUUGAGACAGUCCGCCUUGCUGGCGAUGUCAAUUUUUCACCUCCGGUGCGAAAUAUCGUGAUAGCUAGCAAACCAUCCUACUACUACUCCAUCCUGAAGCGCUAGCAAACCAUCCUACUACUACAACUACCCUAAAAAACUGAAAAAACUAUGCGUAGAUGAUGCAAAGUUGAUAGUUUACCUACCAUCUAGUCGUAGGCCCGAAAAGUUGACCGAGAAGAAGCUGAGGUCCACGUGCUAUGCUCGCUUCAGGCGAACACGUCAGCUACCUGGCUGAAGACUUCCUGUAAUCGCCCGCAUAGUUCGUUUUGCUGCAAAACAAACCAAUGCAUCCUAUGAUCCUAUGCUACUCCAUAUCUUCCUCAUUAUAAUUAUCUUGACAUUUAAAUUGUUGUUUUCCGAUAAAUUCUUUCUUUACUUAGAUGUUAACGGAUUUUUCUUGUGCUAAAUACUUCCAUAUUUUCCUCAUGACACUGAUACAAAUCUAAAUAACUUCCUAUUCAAUUGCAUGUUUCUUCAUUCUUUGAAGACGUGAAAUCUCUGAAGGUGUCGUAUGUUAGCUGGCAUAGAAACUCGUGUUGCAGUUCCCUAAUGAAAUGUGGCCUAUGUUGUACUUAUACCGCUUGCAUAUCAGUUGAAGUAUUGUUGCUUUCUAGGCUCGUGUCAAACCGUCAGCUGCUGUUCUAGUCAUUGUAUAAUAUUGUUAUUAAGCUUUGUGUUGGGUGCAGCUCUUAGUUGUCAAGUGCUUCGCUCGCAAGGUUAGCCGUUUGGUUGCAUGAUUUUGUUCAGCGUUGAUAAAGUUAGAUGUCCUGGAUACUUAACUCAGGAUAUUUUACUAAAGAUAGUCUAGCAUAAAACUGUAGUGAAACUUUGAUGAACUCGCUCAUUUUGAGUUUUGAUACACGAUGUUACUUUGCAAUAUUCAUUUAUUUGCUUACUCAAAAGGAUUAAAAAUCAUAUAUUAUGGGGUCAAUGGACUCAAAAUCAAGUAGAUGCUCCUAUUUUAAAUGUGGUGAGCUUUAUUGAACAAAUUAUAUUUUGCAACCUAAGACGAAGCCAGUAUUUUGUAAGAGAUCUGAAGCGCCGCUUAGGUUCAUUGCGACCACCAUCACAAUUCUACGUUGUUGCCAAAUCUUUUAAUUCGUCUCGAUAUAUUUACCUAGUAUAAAAAAUCUUUAAGAACGGAUUAUUAUAAUUUUUACUUUGUAUUUGAUAUUCCCUUUGUCAUUUUCGAAAAUAGUGACGUUAUCCUUGUAAUUAAUUCAAGUUAAAGUCCAUGGCUUGGAAUCGAAUCGAACGUCUGGCGUGCAGUCCGAGUAAAACUAUUUCCUGAAAAUAUCGUUUUUUUUAUGGUAGAAUUUUACUUCAUCUAUAGAAUCGCAACGAAGAACUUCUGACCAUGUUCAGUGACUCGUGGGAUUGCCAUUCGUGUUAUUAAAAUAAUUCUUUUCACUUGAAUCGACAUGCGAUUCUGAAAGAUUCGCUACUUGCUGCUUACUGAGUCACUCACGAUGAAUCAGGGUUUUUACAUUACGAUUUAAAGGGCUCGAGUGCGUUUAGUGGAAGUCGUGGAGAAUUAGGAGGUAUAUUUAAUGUUAACUGAGGAACGUUAGAAACAAAUAGAAGCGUUAUCGUCAACCGCAAGCCGUAUAUUCUCAUGACCCGUAUGUCUUCAGUUGGCCGCUUAAAUGAAAGGGGUUUUACGAGUAGCAAAUAAUAAACUAUCUUCAAUAAACAUUCAAAUUACU